CGCAUUGCCGCCUCUUGCCGCCUCCGGUGCUACGUGUGCUCUUACUCCGUGUUCUUCGCACGUCUCACGCAAGGCUGUCAUGGUCGGUGUCGGCAUGAAUUGUGCUGUGAGAUCGUGGCCACUCUUCGUGAUGGAUCGGGUUUUGGCACUGGGCCACAGGCCGUUGGGGAAGCACAACUCACGCGCACUCCUCGAAGCGACGACUGCGCAGCAGUGGUGCCAAAAGAUGUCUGCCUGGACGCAGUCAAAAUCUUCUCCAGCUCGUUUCGGAUCACACCCAGAUCUUCCUGGCGAUGGUCAAUGACACUGACAGGAACGAUUUCUAUUAUCCUGGACUGGCGGGCCGUGCCUUGGAGUCUUGCGAUCUCCGCGGGAAGUUCGUGCUCGACAUCGGCUCGGGCUCGGGUAUCUUGUCGAUGAUGGCGGCCCGUCUGGGCGCGAGGCGCGUGGUGGCCGUAGACGAGAACGCGGACCUCGUGCGGCUCGCGAGGCACAACGUUUCGGCCAACGGCCUCGCGGACGUCGUCGAGGUGCGCCACGGGCUGUCCACGGAGCUCGAGCUCGACGAGAAGGCGGACGUGCUCGUGACCGAGACCAUGGGCACCUGGAUGACAUGCGAGGGCAUGGUGCAGUGGUGCGAGGACGCGCGGAAGCGGCUCCUCAAGGAGGGCGCGCAGGUGGUGCCCCAGCGCGGCGUCCAGUACGCCGUUCUCGUUGAAAGUGAGGAGUUGGCCGGGCUCACUUCGUGCUGGAAGCCCUACCGUGGGAUUGACCUCAGUGCUGUCAUGGAGCUCCAGGACACAUCGUCGUGCCUUUGGACCAAGCGCGUGGGGGUGAAGCCCUCGAGCUUGGUGUACCAAGAGCUUUGCGAGCCGUUCCCGCUGCUAGAGGUGGACUUCGGCUCCACGCCCUUCUCGGCCAUGCCCAGGACGGCCGAGAACCGCCCGCGUAUGCGCGCUGGUCGAGUCCACGCCGUGCUUGACUUCUGGAUCUGCGAGGAUGCGCAGGGGCGCCAGCUCUCCACGGACCCGCGCGCUCGUCGGUGCGAGUCAUGGGCCUACGCGCGGGACGUUGCCUGGGGCAAUGGCUUCCAGCUGGUGGCGGCGGAGCCGGACGCGGACGUCGACAGCGGCGCGGAAGACCCGCGCUGGCGGCGCAUCCCUGGGCGCGACGCGCUUCCAGGCCCCGGCCCACUCAUGAGCGCCAGCGACCUGCGGCUCGUGAAGUGCGCGUGCGCCUACUACGGGCACGGCGGAUUCGUCGUCUGCGGAGACCAGGCGCAGUUCCGCGCCGGGCGCCGGGAGGACCUCGAGGACGAGUCGAAUCAGGUCGACGCCCCUGGCUGCACCCUCUACGUUGCCCUGCGAGACGACGACGGUGCUUGGGAGGACCACCAGCGCGGUCCCCAGCUGCCCCUGCCCCUCGACGUGUGCGACGGCGAGGAGCUGCUGGUGACCUCGCUGUUCGACGAGGACAGUGGUGGAUCGGGGCGGGAGGAUCAGGGGCCACGCUCGAGGGGGAUCGAGCUUCAAGCUCGAGACGUUUAGACAGGUUCGUCGGUUCUCGGCGGCCUUCCAGCCUCGGGAUGCAUUCAGGCAGUUGCGCUUUGCGGCUUCUCCCCUGCAAGGGCGUUCCAGGGGAGCCAGGCUCGUCCUGAACGGCCGCCGGCGAGCCGAGUUAUGAUCCUCAAGCUCGGGGCAACAUUAGGGGGA